GAGUUCGCCCUAACCCCCUUCCCGCAAUAUCGACGCGUCGCUGUUUCUCCGUCCUCUACCUCACUCUGCUCCUUUCCCCCUAAACUUCUCCUCUCCCUCUUCGAUCUCUUUGGUCUCAGGUAAAGAAACAGCAGAUCGGUCGACUUUGGAUCACAACUCUUCGACGAUCAGUUACUGGAGGUUUUCACAGAAACAAGUAUAGCCAAUUUCAGACGUGUGAUACCAGCAGAGUAAUUAACUACAUUGAGAAGACAGAUAUUAGCAUUGCGAUGGCUGCAAAAGUUGAUCCAACAAAUACUGAACCACGCCGAGCACAAACUAGUGGAACUAUGCCCACUUCGUCUACUGUUUCAGCAAGCAGUCCUAAGGUUUCCUUUUUUGGUGCAAAAUCUGGAUUUGUGAUACCAAAAAAUAAACACUCUGGUUCAUUGGUUCCUAUCUUUCGAGCUGGGGGAAAAUCAGAUGGUAGUUCUGCUAAAGAAGAAACAGCCAAAUCAGUUCAAAGAAAAACCAAAUGGGGUCCUGAUCCUACACUGGAUGCCGCCGUCAGAAAAGGAAGGGUGCUAGCAUAUCAGAUUCGUUUGGAGCAAAUUACCGAGCAACUGAAAUCUGGAGUUCUGGAAACCACAGAUGAUCAAAGUCCUUCCUCAAUAAAGCAAGAUUUGGAUGAUGAUUCUGGCAGCCACACCAAUGGCAAGGAGUCUUCAAAGAUACAACGUUUGAAGUUGGAAAGGCGAGAAGUUAUUGGUGAAAUUCUUCGGUUGAAUCCUUCCUACAAACCUCCAUCUGAUUACAAACCAUUGUUGAAAGAGACUGAUAUUCCCAUUCCUAUCAGUGCACAUCCAGGAUAUAAUGUUAUUCAGCUACUACUGGGGCCUGAAAGCAAUACCCAGAAGCGACUAGAAGAAGAGACAGGAACUAAAAUACGAGUUUAUGGAACAAAAAAAGACACAAGAGAUAAGCAUGAAGUUACUUAUUCUGUCAAAACUGAAGCUCUGGAUGCGUAUGAGGAGCUGCACGUUAAAAUUUCUGCAGACACAUACGAGAAAAUCGAUACAGCAGUUGCCCUACUUGAAUUGCUACUCACUCCUGUAUCUGGUAUUGCUGCAACAAGUUCCUCAAGUUUGACUUCACCCAUUAAUGGAGACAGUACAAAAACAAACUUGAAAGAAACAGCUUCAAGCUCAAUGGUUUUGGGGACGGUUGAUGCUAAUCAAGGUAUCAGACGCCCUCCUAUGUUGUUGCCUACACAACCGAAUGCACUGCAAUAUCAACGUUUUGCGGCUCCUUGGCCUCUUGUUGGCGCACCUAAUGCCCAACAACAACCAAUUUCCGGCUUUAUGCCUUCUUUGCCCAACACUAAUGCUCAUUUUUCUGCACUUCCAAUCGGUCCUUUCGGUGCACCAUCCAUGGCUGUACCUUCUACCCCUCAAUUACCUGGAGGCAUGCAGCAGAAUCAGAAUCAACCUCCACACCUACACCAUUCAGGCCAGCAGCCUCCACCUUAUCUUAAUAUGCUUACCCACAUGCCUCCAUUUACUACUCAACCUACUGGAGCAUUGCCUGCUCCGACUCAACUGUUAUCGUCGCAACCAGUGCCUGCAGUUCCUAGCGCAGCAUUUCCUGGUAGGCCUUUGUCUGCAUUACCUCCUGCAGGCAACUCCGGAUGGUCUCAGGUUGUUCCAUUGGUUCAGAGGCCAUUGUUGCAACCCCAAGCCCUACCCAUGAGGCCUGUAGCGGUUGUUUCUUCACCAGCUGUUGCUCCAGUUCCAAAUGCUCCUGCUAGCAUUGCCAGUGGGACUAUCACUUUACCUUCACCAGUUAGGCAUUUGGCAACACAGUUUCCUCCUGCUCCAUUUCCUUCGCAACCGGGUGCCAGUUUUACCUCAAUCACGCAGGCUGGACCAGUUUCAAUACCUUCACCUGUUCCAUUCUCUUCAGGUGCACCAUUGCCAACUACACCAAGUGCGGCAUCCUCAUUUAUGCCUCCCAUGUUACCUCGACCAGUGUCUAUGCUGCCAGGACCACCAGCUCCAAUGCCACAUCAAAUUCCUCUUCCAUCUGCUCCCGCCCAAUCAUCAAGACCGGCUCAGCUGCUCGGCUCACCUGCAACACCAGAAACUCAACCACCAGUUGUAGCACCCAGACCUCCGCGUCCAAUCUCUGGCGAUUUUACAUAUCAACCUCCUGGUGCGCAAAAUCUUGCUCCUUUGGCAUCUCCGAGGCCCAAUAUUCAUCAUGUCCAACAGAUGACUCUUCCAGUCAGUGCUUUGCCUCAGCCUCCAUCUUUUAGGCCAGCUUUACACAACUCCAUCAACCUUCAAGCCUUCCCUAGCCAAGCAAACCCAACUCAAAUUCCAAUGCGCCCACCGCCUCCCCCAGUUUCUCCCUUCCCAGUUGAUCGGACUAUAGCAAGGCCACCUCCAAGCCUUACAGUCCGACCAAAUCCAAUGGCUCCCAGUUUUCCGCCAGGACCACCCCAACCACCUAAUCUUCCAGGCCAAUCUGUUCCUUUCGUGCAGACAUCUCCGAGCCAGUUGCAUCCUCCAAACAGGCCUCAUCCUAUGAUUCCAGUUCAGCAGUUGGGUGGCAAACCGCCUGGUUAUGUCGCUGGCAUGCCAUCAAAUGCCGGAGGGAGUCAAAUUUAUGACCCUUUCUCACCGACAGCGAUCUCAACUGCACCCAGAAAAGCAGAGGACAAUGCCGUAUCCGCAAGGAAACCUGAGGCAGACUCGGAGUACGAGGACCUAAUGGCAUCAGUUGGUGUGAAGUGAUUCCACCUACUGCCGAGCAAAAGACUACCGAGAGGAAGAGCGAAAUCUGUUAACCAAAAUCGACAUCACUGGAUGACCUUUGGAAUCAAGUGCAUUUGGAGAGGUAGAUGUUAAGUCUAGGAUGAGCACUACUGUUGUUGCAGGCCAUUUUUUCAGCGAGACAAGUUUUGUAUAUUGUUACUAAAAUGCUGGCACAUAGGUGCUCAAGUAACUGUGUUUCAAUUCACAAUCGAAUAAUGAUAGAGUUAACUGCUUGUA